CUCCUCCCAAUCUCCAAAACCCUGUUCCUCCAAACCUCAAAGUCCCGCCGAUGCCCAUUUCAUUCCCUCCAUGAAAGUCCAAACUUUUCACCAAAAUCCCCUCAUUUUCAUCAUUUCAGGCAAUAUAAAAGACCCCCUUCAAAGGUCUCGCCUUCUUCUGCUUGGUUCUCGGGCUUUGGAUCGAACAAGAAGACGGCAGAGGUUCUCCCUGAGAUAGUGAAGGCUGGGGACCCAGUUCUUCAUGAGCCAGCGAGCGAGGUGCCCAUUGAAGAGAUUGGGUCGGAGAGGGUUCAGAAGAUUGUUGAUGAUAUGAUUGGGGUAAUGAGGAGAGGUCCUGGAGUUGGGCUUGCUGCUCCACAAAUUGGCAUUCCUUUGAGGAUUAUUGUUCUGGAAGACACAAAAGAAUACAUUAGUUAUGCUCCUAAAAAGGAAAUUGAAGCACAAGAUCGACGGUCUUUUGAUCUUCUGGUCAUAAUUAAUCCAAGGCUUCAGAAGAAAGGAAACAAAACUGCACUGUUCUUCGAAGGAUGCUUGAGUGUUGAUGGAUUUAGAGCAGUUGUCGAGAGGCACCUUGAGGUUGAAGUCACUGGUUUCAACCGUGAUGGAACCCCUCUCCAAAUAUACGCUAGAGGCUGGCAGGCACGCAUAUUACAGCAUGAGUAUGAUCAUCUCGAUGGCACAAUCUAUGUUGAUAAAUUUGUUCCGAGGACAUUUAGGACCGUAGAAAAUGUCGAUUUACCACUUCCCGUUGGGUGUCCGCAGCUUGGCGUUCGCUCAUUAGAACAAGCUUGAGAUUGGUUCUGAUUCGGAAGGAAGAGCUUUUGAUUAUUCUUUGAACACUGAUUUGUGGAACUUCAUUCUUAAUGGCCUG